UGGAAAUAGACACAAGAAAUUUAUUUUAUCCUUGAGUCACGGUAACGCGUUAGCUGUCGUUAACGUGUUAAUAAUUAAAGGGUCCACGGGAGAAAAGAGGAAUGAGUUUAACGUUUUUCUGUACGUUCCUGUGCCUGCUCUUUAUCACUGGCUAUAUCGCCAAUUUGAAUUACAAUUUUCACAGCAGUUACAAGAAAUUGAGGUGUACAAGGUAUUUUUCACUUUUUUUUACCGUUUAGUGUGUUCUAUAUUACCAAAAAUUAUGAACAAAAGUUGAAAACGAUGUAGAAUAAAAUGAAGAAUAGAAUGUUUCAUUUUGAUAUAUCUAUGAGAAAAUAUGAAGUUGUGACAUUAUACAUAUAUUGAAAAAUAGAUUUAUUUUAAUAAGUUUUCGAAGAAAUGUUAAAACUUGAUAUUUCUCCUUUUUCUCGUGGACCUGAACCUUCUAAUUAUUUCCAAUUGUUUCUAACUGUUUAAUAAUGAUCAUACAAAUCAUGUAUGUUUAUUAAAAACUAUAUCGUUGUUAAAAGUUUCUGCUACAUUUACAGUUAUUAUAUAAUAAUAUAAUAAAAAUUAUACAAUAAUUUAUAUUCAUAAUAAUUAUACAGAUACCUAUAAUAAAUAAUUUUCUAUUAUAGAUCUAUAUAUAUAAAUUCUUUCCUUACCUAGCUUGGAAAUAUCUUUAUACUGUUAUAUCUAGAUCAAAUAAAGAUUAGUACUCGAUAAUAGUGAUAGUAGUAACUUAAGUAAAAAAUACUUGUAUAAAUAUUGGUGAAAGUAUAAAUGAAUUCGUAUAACUAACUCUGCUAUGUUCUUUCGGUAAUUUCCAAUCCGAUUACAUUUUUCUAACAUUAACGCAGUUUGAAUAAAACAUGGAAAAAGUCUUAUGGGUAUGCGUGAUUUCUCGUUUCAAUUUUAUGUCACGUAUCUUCUUAAAAUAUUACAAAUCCUUGUUGUUUGCUAAGACGAGAGCAGAAUCGAAGUAUAAAAAUGCAAAGAUCGUAAUGGUUAAAUUUAUUAUAUCAGAGCGCAGUAGCAAUCGUCUCGAUUUCACAAACUAAAGAUAGCGUCCGUGCAUCACACUUAUCAUUCGUAUAUUUGCAUUAAGAUAUCGGUUAAUUAAGAGUUCUUAACCCUGACUCCUGCGAUCAUAUUCAUUUCUCUGUAAAUAUUAUAAAUAUAACAAUUAUUUCUUAUGAUUCCAAACAAUGUAAGUUUACGACGAGUCUAAAGAAGAUAAAGGAAAAACAAUAAUUGCAAUUUUUCAAGUAUCGAAAAGUUCUGUUGGCAAAAACAAUUUGAAACUUAUAUUAAGCUCUAUUUAUUAACUUUAUCAUGCAUUCAUAUUUGAAAAUAUGUUAACAAUACAUGAUAUCGACAAAAAUUGAACUCGUCGCCUUCAGUAUAACGUAGUGCCAAUAAUGGGUACAUAUGUAUAUGUACAUAUCUGUUUGAUAAUGUUUAUUCAAAAGAUCUUCCUCAAUUCACGUAAUAGCGAUCGAUCAUUUACGCCAUUACUCCUCAACAUUUAUGUCUCUUUGCUAUUAUACAGUUGUUCUAGAAAUUAGCAUUACGCCAAGGGACGUUGCAAAAUUAUCAAUUUUGAAUAUAAAUAAUAUAAUACAAAAGAUAAUAUCAGUAUGUCUCUUUCUAAUGCUACGUAUAUUUUGUUUGAUUUUAUUUUAUGCCUACACUAUCAACGUUUACAAGGAGUAGUUCUUAGAUCUUAGAUUGAAAUAAAAGAUUGUAGUAAAUAAUAAUCUUUUUCUCAUAAGUAAACAAAACUGUGUAGUCAAAGCGGAUUAAUAGUAAUAUAUUAUAAUUUGAAAAAGCUUGUAUUUAGAUUUCUAUGAUACUACAAAUGUAUAUAUAUAUAUAUAUAUAUAUGUAUAUAUACACACACACAUAUAGUUGAUUAUAUCGAGGCUAUAAAUUAACCUACAAAUUGGCGGCAUCGAUUGAUGCUCUUCAAGACCGUAUAUAGAACUUUAUUAGAGGAUAUAUAAAUUUUCUAUACAUAAGGAAAUAUGAAAGGAAAAAUACUAAAGUUCAAAGUUCAAAGUUGAGCCAAUUCGGUCAGAGCUUAAUAAAGUUUGUAAUUUUUAUCUAUUCUCGCAUGCGUCAAGUAUUUUGUGUAAUAUAUAUAAUUCUUUCAUCAAGCACACGUGCUUUCAGUUACGCAUAUGUUUUGUGAUGCUGCGCGCGCAACUACUAUACAUUUAAAAGGUCCGCGCCAGAAAUUUAAUGUACAAAGUUUGACACUAUAUCUCGAAGUUAAAUGUUUUAUCACAAAACAGUAAAGGAAUUUUUUGUUCCUCUUGUUAUGUACAUUAUGUGCAUUUCAAUGUAUCGUAUGAUUCCUUUAAUAUUAUAAGUAACGUUUUUAAUGUUGAUAAUUAAUUAUAAAUCACCUUUAUUGUUAAGUACAAUUUAAAUAAGAAAAAUCGCAACUACAAUUAAAUGAAAUAUAACAUAAAACAAAAUAUUUAAUAUUCUAGUAAUCUUUCGACUAAAAAAAGAAGAAGAUAAGAGAAAGAAAAAAAGCAACUUGUCGUUUUGCACAGAAAUGUAAGCGUUUGAUAAAACUUUAAUUUCUGUUACAGAAAUUUCCCAAUGUCUAAAUUUUUGUUUGUAUAUUAUUUGCUUUAGAUAUCGAAAACUCAAAAACACAUAUCGCAAUUAUACAUUGCGCACCGUAUCAGCUCUAAUUAUAAGUAAGAAAGUAAUGCGACAAACUGUUCGGGAAAUACAAGUGAUUAAAAUUUAUUUAAAAACUUAGUAUCGAUAAAUGAGAUCUAAAGUCGAAGAUCAUUGAAUUUUUUCUUCAUUGUCAAUUGACCUAGCAAGGAGGAAAUGGAAGUGCGCAAUGCCUUCGAAAUAUCGAAUAAACUGUUGACGUUCUUGCAAUAUAUUCGUGUGCUCGCGCGUACGAAUAUGUUAAGUAACUUCGACUUGAUAUCGUAGUAGCAACGUUGACGGAAUCAUGUACGCAUGUACAUAUAUUUUGUUUAUGCAAGAGUAGACAACAAGAUGAAAACGUAUAUAUGUAGUAGUUGUAAGAUUUACUAUAGUAAAUGGUAUUUAUUAGAUACUUUUACUAUAUGGCAAUAGUUUUUCCGAAUUUUAAUGUAAAUAUUUAAUUAACUUUACUUUAUUUUAAUGUUCAUAUUUUUUACAUACAAUUUUGGCAUACAGAUGAAUAGAAAUAUAUAUAUAUAUAUAUAUGUGUUCACGAGAUAUAAAUAGUUGUAAAAAAUAUUACGAAUGUAAAUUCACAAAAAUAUCAUAGCAAUACUAUUGGCUGUUUACCAGUGGCUUUUCCAAAUUUUAUUCAUAAAUUUCAAUGUGAAAAUGGAAAAACUAAAAUUAUAAAUAUUGAUAAUAUCUUACAUAACUUUAACAUACAUAUGCAUAGAAAUGUGGUUACAAAGGGCAAAUAUUAUAAAUGUAUAUGCAUAUGCAAAAAUGUUAUAAUAAUACAUAUAUAUAUAUAUGUAUUGUUAUUAAUGUUUAUUUAUUUAAAUUUUUAUAAGGAAAAAUUUAUUCCAUUCGCAUAAACAAGUAAUUACGAGAACAAUUAUUUUCAACGCUUCUGAAACAUAUUUUUAAUAUAUUGUAAUAAUAUUUUUUGCCAAAUACAUUUCUAACUAUUUUUAUUUUUCUCAUUUAUCAAUUUUUUACUUUUUAUUCAAUUAAAUAAUAAUAUCAUAUUUCUUUUUUACCGAGUUGAUCUAUUGUACAAAAAGUGAUCUAUCAAAUUAGUGACGCGGUAAAGGCAUGCAUAGAAAAAAUUGAUGAUGAAAGUAAAAAAUGAUAUGCAAAGCUGAGUCAUCUUUUACUGUUAUUAUUCCCACUUUCGAGUUUUUUUUUCAUAAAUUAUCUCGAGUGUUACAUUUCGCUGUCCCAUAUACAUAACUCGGAACGUCUUACAUCGCCUGCUUCGCGAUUGCGAUAUGAAAAUGUAGCUUAUUCAGUUUCAUUGCGCUCGAAACGUUUUCAUCAUGCUUAUUUCUAAUAAACACGUUCUCGUAGAUCUUAUUAAUGAGAUGAAAUACGUGUAAUAUAAAAUGCCAUACGUGUUCGUUAUACUUGUUGUGUCAACUUAUCAAAAGGUUAGAUGCGAUCGAAAACUGAUCAACGUAUUUUUUAUUAAACUAGUCUAUUAUGCUGUACGGAUACACAUUUUACAUAAUCAUAUACAUGGUGUGUAAGAAAUAGUAAAGCAUUAUUCUUUUCUAUGUUCUCAGUUACGAAAAAGUCACUAACGGAACUACAUAGUACCGUAAACACCCUAUAUAACAAGAGAUCCUUGAAUAAAGGAAUAAUCAAGUUCAAGAUGUUAGCAAACAGGGAAUAAGAAAUUAAUUCGUCUUGUUUACUUCACAAACUAGUCAAGUUCCAGCACUGCUAAUAUAGUUUCAUUUCAAAUAUAAUACAUAGUACCGUAAAAAUAUUAAAAUCUCUGUUAUACUAUAUAUCGAUGCAUUGAUGAAGACAGUCUUGUACAAUGUAAACUUUCCAUGCGAUCGUAGGAUUAAACAAACCGAUCAAUCUUAUCAGUUUCGCUUGUUACGUAACCGAAAUUUCACACUUCAUCGUACACGCAUAAUUCGGUUCGCAGUUUGUAUAAUACGCGGAUCGGUUGAGUCUAGCAGUAGGAAGCACGGCGUAGUGGGGCAGAUUUUCUAGACGCGCUCGCGAGAACGUGCGAGAAAUACCAAAGAAUUCGAAGAAUUUCCGACAUCGUCUGCUAUUCGAAAAAUUUUUGUGACAUAAUUUGCGUGAUUAACGGUUAUUUUUAGGUUUCCAUGCCACAUGCUUUUCUUUCGAUGUUAGUCAAGGACCAAAUAGUCAAAGUAGGAGAAAUAAGUCCCCGCCAAUGCACUUAUCGUCAUGAAUGCAUGAUUUCAAAUUUCGCCGGUAGUCGACAGUUUCUAGCAUCGUUACCAAACCAUGUAGCUGGCAACAGCCAACCAUAGACGGAAAGGCAUCGCGAACGCCACGACAUCAUUUGCAGUUGCGCCACCCCGCAAUGAAGGUUGUCACGAAGUAUAAAAACAGCGUACCCAUCGAUAUGUCCUCUCAGUCGAUAUCCAAAUUGUGGGGAAAAAAGGAAUAAUCUAAUCGAUAUACAUACAACUAUAAUUCGUUAUCAGAAAAAUCAACAUUUGAAAAGUAGCUUCUCGCUUUCAGAUAGUGAAAACACUAGGGGAUGAAAUAGAAGAGUGUAGAUUCGGCGUGGAAAAGCGCGCACGAAGCGGGAAAUGUUCUCUGUGGCCCCGAAGCGACGACGCCACGUACUAGAUGGUAUAUUAUUGAUCAAUAAGAGAGGCUAACAUGGGUGACCCGUGCCGGCAGAGGCAGCUGUUACUUCCUCCGUAUUUUUACGCGACGCGCGUGUACCGCGAGAAACCGAUCUUCGAACAGUGUUUGAACAAGUUCUCGGCGUUUUCACUGCUUGUCUGGGACAAAGUGGACCGUGUUCCUGGACAAGAAGUACCGACCGUACGUGAAACGCGCCAGUUUCAUACUCCUGUGGAAAUACACGAAUCGAAGGAGACAGAGGGAGUAACGGAAGAGUAACGGCCAGCCAGGAUAGCUGAAGAGGCACAAGAUAGGUCGCGGGGGUGAAAGGGGAAUAGGGUGGUGGGAGUGAACGGAGAGAGACAGACGGAGAAGGAGUGAACAAGUGGGAGAGCAACGGGAAGAAAGCGCGACAGAAGAGGAAUCGCAGAAACAGAGGGAGAAAGAGACGUGUGAGCGACAUGUGUCUGUGUUGAGAAUUCCAUCCACGAUAGUACGGCGGCCGAGGGUGCGCCGAGAGAGAAGAUCGGUAGCAUUCUCCUCUCCUAUAUCCGAUACUUUCUCGUCGCCUACACGGGACUAUCGAUGCAGACCUUACGGAAGAAAAACAGUCCGUGCAAGUUCAAGAACGAACCAACCCGAUUUCUUGGGGAGGGUGUGUCGUUCAAGGCGAAGCUGAUUGGCAUAUUGGAAGUAUCGGAAGCACGCGGGGACCGGAUGUGCCAAGCAGCUUUGGCGGAUCUGAAGAUGGCGAUUCGAGCUGCCGGUGAACAUAAACAACGAAUCGCCGUUCAGGUCAGCAUCGAUGGAUUACGCUUGCGGGACGAGAAGUCUGGGGACUGUCUGUAUCACCAUCCUGUACAUAAGAUAUCGUUCAUCGCGCAGGACAUGAGCGAUUCGAGGGCUUUUGGAUAUAUUUUUGGGUCACCAGACACGGGUCAUCGUUUCUUUGGCAUCAAGACAGAUAAAGCAGCGAGUCAAGUGGUAAUCGCGAUGCGAGACUUGUUUCAAGUGGUGUUCGAGUUAAAAAAGAAGGAGAUCGAGCUAACGAAGCAGCAUUUAGAGCAGAACGCUAUAAACGUUAUUAAAUUUCAUACCACUGGCAUCUUUGUCGAACCUACCCCUGACACUAAAGGUGCAGCAGGAUCAGAGUCCUCUCUUCUUCGUGUAAGGAAUGCUAAUUCGGAGGCGGAUAAGUCAACUGAUAAACGAAACGAGCCUCAAAGUGGUGUUAUUAGGGAUUUAUUAGAUAUACAAUUCGAAUUGGACUCUCUGCAGCAAGGUAUCCAUCACAUGGACAAAAUUACCCCUGAAAAUCCACCACCUUCCGCUGACGAUCUCUUUGAAACCGAUCCAUUCGGUGAUUCUUUCGCGAAUAUGAAGCUCGAAGAUACUGUACGAGCAAUUCUACCACCACCACCAUCAUCCUCUAAAAGAGGCCACCUAGAGCGACAACAAACGGUUCCAGGCACCCAAUCGUCGAUCACGUCGAGUCCAGCUACCACUCUGACUAGCAAGACCCCUCCACUUCAAAGUACAAUUCAGUGGUUCGACAAAGAAACCGAGAAUCUCUUCAGUGACAGUGAGCUCACCAGUUCGGCUAAAAAUACGCCGGUUAAAAAGGAAGUGGAAGAGACCCAAGCCAAGAGCCCACAAAUAGACGUGUUCACGGAGUUGGACCCGCUAGGAACAGGUUUAAUAAAACCUUACGUAGACAAGAAGGACUUCUUCCAGCACCUGAAGAAUCCUCCCAAGAAGGUGCUAAAAGAUUUAGUGUCUACUAAUUCGGCAGACACAUUCCCAACGAACUUUAACGUCCUCUCAGAACCCAUAGAGUCAGUGAAACCACGAAACGACAUAGUUCCCAAAGAAAAUCAAUUCGAGGACACAAACUUUGCGAAUUUCGAUCGAUUCGACGAAAACGAGGCGAUUCAAUCAGUUUUCACGCGCAGUGAUUCGUCCAGAAAAUCAGAUAUGACGCCUAAAACGACUCAUCAUCAACCUCUUUCUGUGUCUUUGCCUCCUGAAGACUCUUCUACCUCGAAAUCCUCUGCAAUCUCGACUAUUCCCACUUCCGCAGGCGUUUCUCUGCUCGGUAGAAUAGACAAAGACUCCACAGAAUCCACGCAUGGUUUGGUAAAGCUUCCCAGUCCUAUAAAAACUACACGCCAGAAAGAAUUUGACAUUGAUAUCGCCGGCAGCAAAGUACCAUCUAUGGACAAACCGUUCCCAGUAGAUUUCUCAACAGUCAGCGAUUCACCAGCAUCUCCACUAAAGAGUUGUACAUGCAACGCCAACUCCAGACUAUCCACUUCGUCCGCAGAACUGGAACUCGUACCUGAACCUCCUCCUCGAGGAAUCGCUAACAUUCUAAUCAACCCUCCUCCUCUGCCACCGAAGAAGCAGGGCGUCAGAGGUGUUGUAAAGCCUCCUCCAAGGCCGCCGCACACAGAUACAUACUUCCACUACGACUUCCCUGAAAGAGAGCCCGUGGCGACAAGCGACAGGAACAUUAGUCCGUCGAGGGACGCGAAGAGUCAGUCAGAUGACAAUUUCAGUCCGCCCAUUCAGUUGUCUAGCAAAUCGGAUUUGAUAAGCGUGAUGACCACGUCGGCGUUCGAGGACUCGUUUAGUUCUAUGGUACCCACUACGAAUUUGUCCUCGUUUUUCACUUCCACUUCCAGUUCGACGACUGGACCCAAAAAGACAAAACCUUCGUUGGAUAUCACUCUAAGCCAAUUAACGUCUGCCAAUUUAGAUGAAUUGGCGAGCAGUUUAGGGAUGACUGUAAAGGAGUUGACUAGUCUAACCCUUCAGCAGUUGACUGAGUGCUUGGCCACUCUCUCAGCCAAGGAAGCUGCUGCUAGCGAUAGCGAGGAACCAGUUCCUAUAAAGCAAGAGCAAGUCAGUACUGUGCAAGCACAACCUGUAUCUAGCAUGGUGCAACCGAAGCCGUUCAACGAGCCACAGCUUUUUACUAAAACGAACAUCGACCAGGAGACCAAGCAGGAUGCUACUUACGAUAAGUACGCUGUUUUUAGGGAACUGUUGGAGCUGGAACAGAUGGAGAAGAACGAAGAGAACGUCAUGAAAGAAUUCGCGGAGGAAGAGGAAGUGACAAAAGAGGAGUUUGAAUUAGUUAGUCAGCAACAAGAAACCAGCGAAGAGAUCAGAUCAGAAACUUUGGCUACUCUGGUGAAUCUAACGGUGAAACUUCCGCCUAGUAACGAGGAUCUGACUAAAGAUGAACAAAUUGAGGAAAAGUCUGAAGACACGACUGAACUUUCUUCGAGUUUGACAUUUGAAAAAAUUCAGCCAAUUGAACUAGAAAGUAAAACAGAACCAGUGACAGAGCCUGAAGCACCGACAGAUUUAUUGACGAAACAAGAAGAAGAGGAAUCUGACAAAACGAAAGCUAUAAUCGACAUUGAGGAGAGAACAGAGGAACCCGAGCCUGUUGACAAACCUAGCGAAUCCAACGAAGAUUCUGAUAAACCAGAAACCAAAGAAACAACUACAGAAGAGGGCAAUGGGCCCUUGGUUGAAGUAAAUAAAGUUGAGGUAAAGUCUUCUGUAUCUAUAUCCAGCGACAAAUACGCGGCUUUACGUGAGAUUAUAGGCGAACCAGAACCACCAGUCAAACAACUUGAUGAAGACACACCGAAUUCCACUAGAAUGUCUCCUGUGAUUCAAUUAUCGACCCAGCAAAAGACUUCAGCCGAGGUGGAGUUGCUAAAUCUAUUUUCUGACACGCCUCCACCUUCCAGUCCUAAAAAGCAGUCUAAAAAUGAGGAAGACUCGAGUUCUAUGGGGAUGGAUAUUUUUGAAGAGAUUAAAAUGUUAAGCAGCAGUGGACACGCACCAAAAACCAAGUCUAUAAUUCCUGAAGACAUUUUCUGCCCAUUUACAGAAUUAAAACCAGAAAGAGAUGAAAGUAAAGAUGAUAGCAGUUGGACGAAGUUCGACACGGGUCUCUUCGUUUCAGAUAGACCUCCUUCUGACUGUCCUCCUUCGAUUAGUAGAACUUCGCCGUGGUCUCCUGAUGGAAAAGAGUUCCACAGAGAAGCGUCUUUCAAAGGAAGCAUGUACCAACAAUCAGGCGACAGUGAUAACGAGUGGAAAGACGAGGAAGAGAGCGAGGAAAGCAAUGGAAGGGUACGAGAUGGCAGAUUUAGAAGUAGCCACUAUCCAAGAUUCGAUGCUCCCUUCGGCGAUAGGAGUUUCUAUGAGGAAACAAGUGGUCCGGGGAGCAAACGAGACAGAGGCUUCCGGGAUAAGAUGAUGGAAAAGCCUCGCGAUUCUGCGUGGAUCAAGAAUUCCGGACACAGGCCUCGUGACUCUUCUCCGUGGCACGACGAGAGUCAAUGGGAGAAAGAGCCCAAGCAUUAUCCUCAUAGAAAGAUGCAGUAUAAGGACGAAGAAGAACACUAUGAGGGUCACUGGAAAUGCAGAUCGAAGCCUCAACGUUGGAACUGGCCACACGAGCAUGGACCCUUUUAUGACGAGGAAAGGAAAAGGAAAAUGAUGCUGUGGAAGGAAGAUAGGUUUGGUAGCCAAGAAAGUAUGGGAUACGACGAUGACGAUAGGUGGCCUAGAAGGAAAUAUGAGAGAAGACGAUGGGAGGAGGAUGCCAGAUUUUGGAAUAGGAGAUCAACGGGUCCACCAGAUUCUGACUAUCCUAGUAGAGAAAGCUACUAUUACUAUAGAGAAAGCAGGGAACGACCACACGAUUAUCCUUCAGCUUGGAACGAAGACUAUGGCUCCGAUAGACCAGGAGACGAUUCCCCAAGGUAUAAUCAGUCAGGUAGAAAGCGACACUGGCCGAAGAGGCCAAAUAGCGCAAACGAGGGACGCAACGCUGACAUGGUCUACCCUGAAUCCCGAGGAAAAUUUGGCACCUCCAGGUCCGAGUGCAAUGAUAAUGACUCUGAUCCAUAUGUAAGAUCUUCGCAACGUUCCAGGAGUCGUCAAAGUUAUUGGGGUAGCGAUCAGGAGUAUGACAGCUGGGCGGAUAGGCCUUAUUGGUCCGAGGAACUAGAUACCAAGAGUGAGAGUCUUCAUCGAAAGAGAAUACCCAGGCACAAACCUCGCCAGCCUCACACAAAGACCCAGAGUCCAUUUGAGGACGAUUUUGCCCAAACUGUAGAACACGUGGACCCUUCUACCGUGGAAUCUCUGGCUACAGCGGAGCCACGAAUUCGUUCUGAAGGCAGUGAACGGAAACCAUCACCACAGAGUCCUUCGUUUACGACGAGGUAUCCGAAGGCUCCCAGGAGAGCGAUGGGUAUGGACGAGGUCUACAGCAAAAGAUCUAGUUACUUCGAAGAUGAUUUACCCUUCGCGGCUACUGGCAUGGGCGAUUCGCCCGAUAGACAAAGGCUUCCUUCUGACCAAAAAGCUACGCCUGAAGAGCUUCCUUGUGAAUCCAAAGAUGCUCAUCAGACGACUGACGAUUUUGUAUCAGGGGACGGCAGCCGUGAUUCUUUCUUCAAUGGGCACCUGAGAUACGACGACGAUGCGUUCGCUUUUAAGUCAGAAAUGGAAGACAACGUCUCUGAACACAGAGCGACCACUUUACCUUUGAAGAAUCAUGGUCGACAAGGAAAGUACUCUACUGGAAGUAAUAAUAAUAAUAAUAACAAUAAGUCGAGGAACGAUCAGCAUAUUAGGAAGUCAGAAUCGGUGAAUAUAUUUGUCAGGGAGAACGAUCCGUUUGGGGAUGACGAUUUCUUCGAUUGAUGAGUCGUUAGAGAGGUGUUUUACCUUAAUAAGCACGGUGCUGGACAUUUCGAUGAGGUUUCACGCGUCAGUUCCGGGUUUUCGGAGAUGGUGCCGGGGUGAUUCGACGAGGUGCGUUUACUUUAUUUGUACAAGAACGUACCGGGCUUUGAGCUGUUAUUGCUCUAUUUAGUCCUCGAGUUAGAGGUGGACUGUUAUCGCGUACCAUAUAUGUUUUUUUUUUUUUCAGUUGGGUUUAGACUAUUAUGGAGGCAGUAAGCGUUGGUUGAUGGAGAUUAUUGAACGAUAAUAGAACUUGAAUAUGGCGUUCUGUUGUUUAUGACAGAAUUGUGGAGCGCUUAGUAAACAUUGAAUUCGAGUACUCGUGAUGAGGUGAUAAAGUAACGAUUAGUAAAUGAUUUUUGCAUUUAUAUUUUUUAACUUUUUGGAUAUUUAUAUCUUAGAAAUGUUAAUAGAAGAUUAUUUUAGCUUUCAAUUGAGAAAUUUUUUGUAAUUCCAAUUGAUUGUAGUUGAUAAUAGGGAUCACGUGUGUUGUUCAAUGACAUUGAAUAAAUUCUACUAUUUAUUAAUUUCUAAUCCCAUACCAAAAAGAAAUGCCGGAUCAAGAAAUGACCCAGGUAGCAACUUAACAUGAAACCUCUUUCCGUUUAUUGCAUCAACAGUACAGCAUUACAGCAAAAGAUACAUUCCAAAUAAAAAUAUUUCUAUCACGUCGUAUCCAUUCAGAAAGUUUCUAAAUGUGUAUAAAGAAAAUUUAUUUCUUAGAAUUCCAAAAUCGUAUCCUUCGACUUGAAGUUCAACUUCGUUUAAAAAUUAAUAUAUAGAAAAGGUAUUUUUAAACGAUUAAUACUUAUUGCCUCCAUUAUAGCUAACAAUAUGUUGUUUAGUUGAGAUUUAUUAUUAUAUAGUGCGAAUGUGAACUAGAAAUGAUUGAAAGUGACAUAAACGCGUUCUUUUAUGGUUGAUCCACUAUUAGGUCCAUCGGUGAAGAGGAUUCGUCUUAACGUAUCGAUAGCGAGAUAUCGAUGGGGUACUAGCUACGUACCGACUGCUAGUCAUUGUUUUAAUAAAUUUGUACAUAAUGUUAUAUCGGCGUUAGCGUGAAAUUGAUUCGUCGAUCGGGGUCUGUAUAUGUGCGGUACAGUUUGCAUGGCCAAUUGUUUGCCGUGAUCUUGACGCGUGCUUUCAAUUCUUGAUCAUCGGUCCAUAGAGUGUGGUAAGUUAUGCUUAGGUUCGAAGUAAAGUGGGAUGCUCCGUAAAGUUUAUGUUAAACGUUAAUUUACAAUAUUUUCAUUUAGUCAACGUGAAAUUAUGCAUUUUGAGAUAUUCCAUGGUCGAAUGGUACUUUUCAUCGUAGAUGGCUCACGACAGUCUCAAUUAGAUUAUUUAAUUUUUAUAGAGUGUUUUAUCUUAAUUUGUAUUCUGCAUUUGAAGCGAUAUCAAGUCUAUCACACGAUAAAAUAUAUAAUUUUAACAAUAAAACAGACUGUUGUGAUUCAAUGACGUUUAUGAGACUGACAUUUAUAAUGAUUAAUAAUUUGAUCAUAAGAAUAUUAAUAUCUUAAUAAGAGGAGAAUUGGACGUUUUUUGGACAAAGACCAUCUCGUUUUGUGUGCCAGUGAAAUUAUAUUAAUUCUGUUAAUCGAAUUUGUGUCACGUUUCAAUCAAGCUUUUCUUCUUUUCAUGAGUUAAUUAAUUUUUUUUUUUUCUUUGGUGAUAAAUGAAACAUUUUUAUAAAAUCUUCCAAAAUUUUCUUAUGAGCAUUCCACUUUUUUACAACUGAUUGUGAUAGUCAAUCACGUUCUUAUUUUGUUCGUUUCAUACGAUCACGAUGCUAGUCAUGUCCGAGUGAGUUAGGGUUAUUAUAUAGAGAAUAUAGGCUUGAUUGUCAAUAAUUAUUGCAAUUGAAAUGGUUAGACAUCUUUCAAUUUGUAUUUUGUUCUUUUGCAUUUUUUCCUGAAGCAAAAUUUAUAAUUAAUUAUUUUGGUUCACACAAUUUCAUGCUCUAUACUUGUAACUUUUCUUGCUAUAAUGUAUUAAUAAUUACAUCCUUUUCGAUACAAGUAAAACAAAAGACAUUUUAAUUAAAUUCUAAGAAUACGUUUCAAUAUUAUUCGUGUAAAUAUUUUAUUCACCUGUAUUCCAAUGUUAUUAAUAAUUUAUUCGAACAUUUUAUUUACACUUUUAUACAUUUUACAAAGUAUCCAUGUUCAAAGAAACUAUAUAUUCUAUAAUUAAUGGCUAUAAUGAAAUUUAUAAUAAUAUUUUCAUGAAUUACAUUCGUUUUUGGGUUACAUCAUUUCGAAACUACAAAAAUAUCGAAAGACAUUUUCAGAAAAUAUUGAAGUAACUUUUCGAAAAAAAUGCCUAACAAUUUCAGAUGCAAUAGCUUCAACAAUGAACGCCUGAGAGGAUCUCAUUCGAUAGUUAGAUUGUUCGGAACGUUGGAGAAUGAAAAUGUGACUUUUAUACGUUUUUUGACUGGAACGAUUAUCGUUCGUAGGUCGAAUCGAUACCGUAUUAAGGACAAAGUAGAUUCGAUGAUCGAUUGUCGAUCGAAGACGAAGAAAUGGGAAAAGAGGAGAAAAGACGAAAUGAAGAAAAUCUCCGUCAGUUUAGAUAGUUUACAAUUGCAAUUUAUUUACAACAAAUAGAAUCAAUCUUAAAUGAUCUUUUAUUUAUUGUUUAUUUGCAAUGGAAAAAUUGCAUAUGUACUUUUAUAUUUUAUAUUUAUUUCAGUUAUUUAUACGUAGAUAAUAUAUGUUGAUAAUUUAUGGUGAAUGCAUUUAACGCUUGAAACGACGAAUUAUUCAUUAUUUAUUUAAUUUAUUAAUGGAAACCUUGGAUCUGUUUAAGGGUAUAAAUUAUAGUCAGAGUUUUACUGACAAUAAUAUAACUUGCAUGCAAUUCCACUCAGCGAAUAUGAAACGACAAAUUUCUGUUUGAUCAUUUGUGUACCUCGUGAAGAAUUCAAACGUCAAAAGAGGAAAAAUUAAUUUUAAUUUACACAAAUAUGUUUAUCGAUAUAACGAUGCUUAUUAAAAAGAAUGGGACAAAUUGUGUGAAUUUGUAAUUAAAAGUGUAACAUGCAUAUUGCAAUUAACCAAAGCUAAAGAUUUUUUUACGUAGCAUUCUCAACAUUAUUCGCUUUAUUAAAGCAAACGGAGAACCGUCAAUGGCAAUAAUUUUGUUAAAGCGUAGACUGUAAUAACGUGAUCUUGAAUUUUGAAUUAUAACGCGGCUUAAUUGAAUGAAAAAACAAAAAAAAAUUUAAUCUUCGGCGUUAUUAACUAUUAACCCUUGUGUGAGCAACCCGGUAGUCAUUUUUAUAAUUCUUUAAAUAAAUUUCUAUGUUCUUAUGAAGAUAUCACAAAAUAUCAUUAUACAUCUUCGAGUCUCCAUGUGUUGGACACUUUUAUAUCGAGUUGUGUGUUUCGAAAUAGGCUUUCAUAAAAAAUGUUGUAUCAAAGCUUCAACUUGCUUAUAUAUUUCUUUGUCUAACACUUUUUUUUGGAGAACUAUAGAAAUUUGUAAAAUUUUUAUUUUACACAAUCGACGUAAAAUUUGUAAAAGAUCUCUUAAAUAUCAAUGCUUCGAAUUUAUGUCUACACUUGUGCUAAAUAUAAGCGCUAUUAACGAAGAAUUAUGUUCGCUGGAAGAUUCCUUUGCCAAAUUUUCAUUCGUAAAUCGUCUUAGUUGCAAUUUAUCUUACAUGGACAUUCGAGUAUUCUGAGUUAUUGAACAAGCGUGUAUUACAAGUAGACCACGAAUGUUUAUGCGAAUUUAUAUUUCUAUGAACGUAACUAAAGAAACGAAAUUCAAGUGGAAAUUUGUUUCAUUCUUAGAAUAUCACAAUAAAUACUUCGAAUAUAACACGGUCUACUUGUAAGUUUAAUGCUUUAGCUACUCUUUUGUAAAUUUGAUUAGUUUGUUUCAAAAACGAAAAUCGAAGCAACGUCUAAAUAAUAAAUGUUUGGGUUAAUUUCUUGAUACUUCUAUAAGAACACACGGUUCCCUCUUAUGAAGAAAAUGUGGGAAUGAAUGCCUGAUAAAUCACACAAGGAUUAAAAGACGAGAAAAAGAGAGAAAUCACUGUAAAACACAAGGAAUAUGUACCUUCAAUGUGUUGCAUUGCACGCAACUUCACCACUAACAUUGUUUCAACCACCACGAAAUUUCUACACCCACGAGAAUAAGAAUUCGUACUUUCUUCGAUAAUAAUAGUAACAUCUGUGCAAUAUAUCACGACCACUGAAAACACUAUUCAGGGAUUUUAGCUAACAAAGUACUUAAGCAAAUAUGUAAAACCUUUUUGCACGGUGAAAAGGUAUGAAUGAUUUGCUAUGAGGAAAAAGACUACGAUUUUACAUGAACGUAGUUAAUACAUUAUACAAGAUAACAUUUAAAAUGAAAGACAAGGAAGAAGGGAAAACAUUUACGACGAAGAUAAAACUAUACCAAACGCUUGAUUUUUACGAUAAGAAAGAAAUUAUUUGAAAUCUGUAAUUGAAUAGAGCAAGUGAGUAUAUAUAUAUAUAUUUCUGUCUGGACGUGUAAGUGAUUAGCGAAAACGGAAAGUUCCAUAAGCAGGACGAAGGACACGAAUAAUACGCGUAAAUAGUGUAAUAAUUAUGAAAUGAAAGAAAGGGGAAUAAGAAACUAAUUUGACGACGUUUAGAACACAGUACUCCGCAUCACUAUAAUAAAAUACGAUAAUACAUUGGUGACUUUAUGUAUGCGCUAUUAAUCGUGGGAUAUUGUCAUGUUUUUAAUACGACCAGAUAUCGCGAUGACGAUUUAUUCCGUGCAUUAUUGUCAGUCUCCCGGUGAACACGAGUCGCAGUACCACACUAAAACGAACGGAACCGUUCGAAUAAAUUUUCACU